GGACUUUCUGAUAAGGAAGAAAAAAGGAAAUCCAGAUUUGGAAUUUAGGUGAAGCUAAAAGGCAGCCUUUAAAUCAUAUAAAAUCUGUAUUUUUAUGCCCAAGAUAUUGCCAAAUGAAUGACAAUAUGUCCGUCGAGCAGGUGCAGACUGAAGAUUUUGCAGACCUGAAAGCAUUUGAACAGAGGUUGACAGAGGUUGUAGGUUAUCUUCGUCCAUAUGCAUGGAGAUGGACAGUCGUGCUUAUAGUGAUAGCAGUAUGUACAGCAUGUGGAGCAUGGUAUUGGCUAUUAGAUGAAGAAACAUCCAAGGUAUCUUUCAUUCAGUCUUUGAAGAAUCACCCUUUCUUUGCUAGCAGUGGUUCUACACUAAUUAUCCUUUUCAUGGCAGGCAUUCAUAAAAGAGUUAUUUCACCGGCAAUAAUUACUGCAAGAUGUAGGAAAGUUCUAGCAAAUUUCAACAUGUCAUGUGAUGAUACUGGAAAACUUAUUUUGAAGCCUCCUCGAAGUGGUAGUGCACCAUACCGACCCAACACUAGAUGGCCAAAUGACCAACAGUCUGAGCAUACAUCACAUCAACAUAAUCAAUGAUAUAUUAUUUGAUAUUAAUCUUAGAUCGAUCUUAUGACGAUUCAUGUACAGUAUUACUGUUGAUGGGACUAAAGGGGAUGUUGCAAGAAAUUUGUUUGUGAUCGAAUACAAAUAUCAAUUCACAAGUCUACAAUUGAUCUAUGUCUGCGACGAAUUGUCAGCUUUUGCUUUCUCUUGCUCAAAAUUGACCAGGAGGUAAUUUCAAAGUUCCAAUUAAUUGCAGGACUUAUGAUUGACUUCUGACCUACAAUUGAUUCACAAUUAAUCAAAAGUUUCUUGCACACCCCCAGUAAGCCUUUGUGAGACAUGGUGCAACACAGCUAAGCAGCAGAUCCCAGCAACAUUUUGUAAUUGUGAUCAUAAGACAUCAAAACACGUCUUCUGCUUGCUCAAUAUUUUCUUAUGAUAACCAGGGGCGGUAUUCUGAACAUUGUCUUUUCUCCAUAUUUUAUCUUUUCUCAGAGAUAUGAAAAAAUCGGUAUUCUGGUGGAUGUCAUAACUUUUGUCACAAAAAUUGUCAUAAAUUUUGUCUCUUCUCUUUAACGCGCAUCAAAAAUACGCGGCUUUAAAUGCGCGAAAUCCUUUUUUACAAGGAAAAUAUAUGACAAAAGUUAUGACAGGGGGGUAGCAGUCAUAAAUUUUGUCAUAUCUUUUAGUACCAAAUAUGCCGAUACCCUGCCGACUGAAUGUCAAGCAUAUAAUGAUAUUAUUUAGAUUAGAUUGUGGUAUUAGUUUCACUCAUCAUCCAUGACAAUUUUCAAAAUUAUUUUUUCAUGCUACAAUUAGUUAGGCCCUACAUAUUAAUUCCUCCUUUUUUUCUCUGUUUUCCUUCUUUUUCUACUUCUCUUCUAAAAUCCUUCACAGCUACCUGUCACUCUUUGUAAUUAAGCGCAUCAAUACACGAGUAGUUGCGCGAUGCCAGCAACUGUAUUGGGGAUACGCCCUACCUGCAACGGGGCCUUCCCAUUGGCUAGAAGGGCUCCCACUGGGAACUAACAAUGAUUUUGAUUGGUUUGCUUCCGAAAAGAUGGGCGGGAAUUUUGAGAGAUAUGACAGGGAAAAGACAAUGUUCAGAAUACCGAUUUGUGACAAUCAUAGCGGUGUCACAUCUCGGAGAGAAAUUACAAAAUUUAUGACAAAAGUUAUGACAGUGUUCCAGAAUACCACCCCUGAUGAACCCUGCUGUCCAGUCAGAAAUUGUGCAGCUUUUGCGGACAAAUUUAUGAAAUCAUUCCUGGGCCCCGUUGUACAAAGAGUUACGAUUAAUCCGAUCAAUCGUAACUAUGGCAAGCCAGCAAAGUCAACAUACGAAAUGCAUGUUUGUCAAAAAAAAAUUCUAGAUAUGAAUGCAUAUCCAUAAAUUCAUUGAUUUCUUGACAACUUGGGGUGUUCUCCUUUGAUUACAAAGGACAUUUUGCAAAUUUCCUGUAGAAAAAAUUAUGACACUGAUGGAUUUCCAUAGAGUUACGAUUGAUCAGAUCAAUUGUAACUCUUUGUACAAUGGGGCCCAGGGGUCCAUCUUACAAAGACUUGCGAUUGAUCUAAUCAACCACAACUAUGGAAAGCCAGCAACCUCAACAUCUGGAAUGCAUGUUUGUUCAAGAUAUUUUCUAGAUAUAUUGAUUCUUAAUAUUUCUAUUCAAUUUCUUGUGAAUUUAGUGUGAUUUUCUUUGUUUACAAAUAACAACGCGCAAAUUUCCUGAAGUAAAAAACUAGGGCAUUGAUACAUUUCCAUAUAGUUGAGGUUGAUCGGAUCUAUCGUAACUCUUUUUAAGGGGGAAUCCAGCCUUGGCCAUAAAAUGUUGUGUUGGGAAGGAGAAAAAUAAAUUAAACAGAAUGGUGAAAGUUUGAAAGAAAUCGGACAAGCAAUAAGAAAGUUAUAGCUGCUUUAAAAUUGAGAUCACUAAUACUAUGUAGAUUUCAAAUUGGCAACUGGGUAAGUAAAUUAUGACAAGGGGCAAGGACAACUUUCCCAUAGGCCAUGUACUUUAUUAUCAGAGAUUUGUGGUUUUCUCCUAAGUACCCAUUCCCCUGGGGCAGUAAUCUAAAUAUAAUCCAGGUAAUAUAUUGUUUUAUGUCCUCAUGAAAGAAACAUAUAAUUUGAAAUAAAACUUUUGGGAAAAAUGACAUUUUAGCCAUAAUAUGUAUUGGAGUACAUGGAAGAGUAGUCCUUGCCUUACAUCACUAUUACAUCCCAUAUGUGGCAAAUUUGAAGUCUCCAUGGGUAUAGUAAUUACCAAUAUUUACAACUUUCAAAAAUUCAUAAUUUUCUUAUUGUUUGUCCAAUAUUGUUCAAACUUUCACCUUUCAACUUGUCUGAUUUUUCUUUCCCUUAUAAAAACAAGUUUUUAUUUGGGUUGGAUUCCCCUUUAAGAUGGAGCCCUGACAUCAUAAUUAACUCAUUGUGAUACCAUAUAAUAUGGCUCCUACUAUCAUAACGAAAAGCAACUUUAGAUAAUUAUUUUUUUGUGUGUGUAAUGCAUGGUGAAGAGGAGGCGACAUAUCUGAAUGUAGCCUAUAAUCUAGGCGGAGGCUGCAGCUUUUGUCUUUACGAGUCUGAUGCUGGUAUGCGAAACUUUGGCAAUACAUCAUGACGCGGAAGACUGAUUGAUUAAUGCAUCUGAAGCUACAGAUGCUUUGAGAAAAAAAUUAUAAUUUAGUAUAUAUCAAAUGAGUGAAUUGUUGCUACCAUUUGUCACAAUCUACUCACCAAGCAUGCUUAGAAAAAAACACCAUUUGAUUUAGUACAUGCCCCACUGAAACAUUUUUUUUCCUUCUAUUUUGGGAGAACCCCCCCCCCCCCCUCCUGCUGUAAAUGGCUGACACUGACUUGUGAUCUGCAUAACGAGACAGAAACUUCUCAUCAAGCCAGCAUCCCACCAACUGGAUAAAGAGCAAGUUUUUUGUAACUGUAUGAUAAUAGCAGAUCUUUGUCGAUGUUGGCCCCGUCUUACUAAGAUUUGCGAUUGUUCCUAUCAACCACAACUAUGGAAAGCCAGCAACUUCAACAUCUAAAAUGCAUGUUUUUCAAAAUAUUUCCUAGCUAUGCUGUGUAGUCAUACAUUCAUUGUUGUCUUGAAAAUUUAGUGUGCUUCUCUUUGUUUGCACAGGACUUUGUGCAAAUUUCCUGAACCAAAAAUUAAGACAUUGAUGGAUUUCCAUACAGUUGAGAUUGAUUGGAUCAAUUGUAACUGUUUGUAAGACAGGGAACAUUUUAUGAAACAAAUGAUUUUCACUGGCUAUUGUAGCAAAUCCUUGCAUCUGAUUGGUCGAGAGCAAUAGUAGUAGGUAAAAAUCUGUGACAGAAGCUUCCCAUGAAAAGCUCCUUGGUAUAAAUUACAUGUAGUUCUUUAGCUCAUAAGAAUUUUUUGUUAUGGUGUAUUAUAUUGUAUUAAAGUUAGUACACCCUAGCUAAGAAAUACCUUGCAGAGUAUUUAGAAUUAUUUGGGUAUAAUCAACCUGCCAUCAAUGUGAUCAAUUAAUAAUUUUGAAUAAAUGGGUCAAAUAUUUAAGGGGAAGACUGGACACUUAUGGGGAAAGGUGCCCACUAGCGUUGGGUAAGUAAACCUUCACACAUCGGCAUGCAGCUGUGUAUAAAACAUAUGGGGAAAAUGAGAGGGGAAUUGGGAGAGGGCACCAUGGCGGCGCAUGGGGAUAAUUCCACCUUUUCAUUCCCAGAUACCUCCAAGAUAUAUUCAUUGCUAAUUUUAUGAAAGAAAACUGAAGACAAAAAAUCUUUAAAAUCUCAAAAUUGUCUAUUCCUUCACCCCUCCACCAUAUGAUUAGAUAUGAGGGAAAUGGUGGAGGGGUGAAGGAACAUGUAUUUCACAAGUCUAUUUGCCUUGUUUGAAUUGUGUGUAUUUUGUUUUCUUUAUUGUAAAGCGCGUAGAGAAACUUUCAGUUUAUUAUUAUUAUUAUAAGAGAAAUAUAAUUAGUAUUACUCAACGCUGUGGGGUGCUCUUCCCAAGCAUUUCAUUAAGCGCUCUAUUGACUGUCCAGUCUUCACCUUGUGUAGUGUCUUUGAUGUUAAUUUCCAUAAACAGAUGGCUCAUUAAUGCAGUAUCAACAGAAUCACCUGGGGGUCCCAUCUCAUUAAAAAGAAGUUACAACUA